AUGUGCUACCAACUCAUCGAACUGUACUCGGCCUGCCGCUGCCUCUACUACCAGCACGCCGUCGACCGCUGCCCCUCGUACGGCCGCCGCGGGCACGGAGUCCAACAGCGCACCAUCCUCGUCGGCUACGCCUGCGUCGCCCACGCCCCUCGCCAGGCCGCCGCCGCUCACCACCACACCUACUCGGACUCGGGUUACAGCAGCUACCGCUCGACGGCGCGAGGCUACAAGUGA